CCAAACAGCCGAAGCUAAAAAAAAGUAUACUCUGACAUUUCCUCUCGGUCGUUGUGUCAUAAACAUAAUAUAAUUCUUUCCUAAGUGUCUUUGCGAACAUGGCGGUCGGUAAAAAUAAAGGCCUUUCGAAAGGCGGUAAAAAAGGUGUUAAAAAGAAGAUCGUUGAUCCCUUCACACGCAAGGACUGGUAUGAUGUUAAAGCACCGUCUAUGUUCACUAAGAGACAAGUGGGCACCACCCUUGUCAAUCGUACACAAGGUACAAAAAUCGCUUCAGAAGGACUGAAGGGCCGUGUGUUUGAAGUUUCACUGGCUGAUCUUCAAGCUGACACUGAUGCUGAAAGGUCCUUCCGUAAAUUUCGUCUGAUUGCUGAGGAUGUUCAGGGCCGCAAUGUGCUCUGCAACUUCCAUGGUAUGGACCUCACCACUGAUAAACUCAGGUGGAUGGUUAAGAAAUGGCAAACCCUCGUAGAGGCCAAUAUUGACGUGAAGACCACCGACGGUUACCUCCUACGUGUCUUCUGCAUCGGUUUCACCAACAAGGACACGCUGAGUCAGCGCAAGACGUGCUACGCUCAGCAUACCCAGGUACGCGCGAUCAGAAAGAAGAUGUGCGAAAUCAUUACUCGUGAUGUGACCAGCUCUGAAUUGCGAGAAGUGGUCAACAAGCUGAUCCCUGACUCCAUUGCUAAGGACAUCGAGAAGGCCUGCCACGGAAUUUACCCACUCAGGGAUGUUUGCAUCCGGAAAGUGAAAGUUUUGAAGAGGCCGCGAUUCGAGAUCGCUAAGCUUAUGGAACUGCACGGUGAAGGAGGCAGUGGUAAACGAGGGGAAGUCGGAGACAAAUCAGAACGCCCCGAGGGUUACGAGCCGCCCGUACAGGAGAGCGUUUAAGUUUAUAUUAUAUGUGGAAAAAUUGA